CCCUGUGGCUCAGCAGCCCCGCUCGUCUCCGCUCUGUUGGCGCUGUCUGUGUUUACCUCCCAGCGCAGCGCUGCUGUACUGUGGCCAGCUGCUGCACACAAGCCACCAUCCGCAGCCUCAACUAGCCCGAAAAAUACUAAUGUAAGCUGCCUCGCGUUCAAUCCUUCGCGGAUUUUCUGCAGCGCUGUGGGUUUGUGGCACUAUAGCAGAGUUGUGAUGAAUAAGGAAAUCAUGUCACGUGUGGUGAAGAAGAGGCAGGCAGACCCCAAGGUGGUCCAGUAUGUGUGGGCGGCCAUUGAGGUCAUCCGCAACCAGAAACAAAUCGCAAAUAUGGACAGGAUCUCCAAGUACCUGAGUCGUGUGUUUGGCAUGCACCCUAAGGAGACUGCCAGACAGCUGAGCCUGGCCGUAAAGGACGGCCUGGUGGUGGAGACCCUGACGGUUGGCUGCAAGGGCUCUAAAGCCGGCAUAGAACAGGAAGGAUACUGGCUGCCCGGGGAUGAGAUGGAGCCGAAAGCCGAGGGGAGCAAGGACUGGGAGGCGGAGAGUCACGACUGGUAUUGUUUCGAGUGUCACCUACCGGGGGACGUCCUCACGUGCGACAACUGCUUCCGGGUCUACCAUCUCAAGUGUCUGUCGGAGGAGUGCAAGCCCAGAGACGGAGGGUCGCACUGGCAGUGUGUUGUCUGCAGGGGCAGUAAAAAGAAGAACCUGAACAAACAGGAGAUGUGUAAAUACCUGCGUUUCAUCGUCCAACGUAUGAAGGAGAGGGCAGUGGAUCUGAACAAGAAAGGCAAAGACAUUAAACACCCUAUGUACAAACGGCUGAUCCACACUGCGCUGGACGUCUCCAACAUCCAAGAGAACCUGUCUGAAGGAAAGUAUAAGACCUUUGAGGAGUUUAAAGCAGACGCUCAGCUGAUCGUUCACAACACUGCCAUCUUGUACGGAGUUCACAGUGACCAGGCAGAGAUCGCACGGUUGCUCUUCAGCGACACAUGCCAUGAGUUGAACGAGUUGUUGUUGUGUAAGAACUGUUUCUACCUGUCGAACGCCCGGCCUGACAAUUGGUUCUGUUACCCCUGUAGCCCGAGCCAUGACCUGGUGUGGGCAAAGAUGAAAGGUUUUGGUUACUGGCCUGCCAAAGUCCUUCAGAGGGAGGACAACCAGGUGGACGUGCGCUUCUUUGGACACCAGCAUCAGAGAGCGUGGAUCCCCGCAGACAACAUCCAGGACAUCAAGGUGAGUGUCCAGCAGCUGCAGGUGAAGCGCAGCAACGGCUGGAAGAAGGCGUGCGAGGAGCUCGAGGUCUACCAGCGUUUCCUGAGGGAGGGACGCUUCUGGAAAACAAAGAUGGAGGAAAGCAGCCAGCCGCACCAGCACCACCAACAGAGCCAGAGCCAGAGCCAGACCCAGAGCCAGAGCCAGCGGCAGCAGCAGCAGCAGCAGCAGCAGCAGGAGCAGGAGGAGGGCAGCGUUAGGACGGACAGACUGGAGAGGACAGACGAGGCCGAGUCCAGCAUCUCCUCUACCAGCAAUGAGCAGGUCCGACAUCUCAAAGGCAGCCAGGAGCCCAAGGCAAAGAAAAGCCGUCGGACUCAGAUGGUUGAGCCCAAAGAGGAAGUCAGUGACCCGGAGCCGGAGAUGGAGGCGGUGAGCUCCAGCCAGGAGAUUCCUGUGUCCUCGGCACCGCAGCAGCCUGAGAAGCUGUCGGUGUCUACGCAGACCAAGAAGGCCAAUGGAGGGUCGCCGCGCACGCUGCACCGCGGCACCCAGACCAACAGUGACGGUGCCUGCCAGAACAUGUGCCACGAGAAGUACACCAAGGUCUUCAACGACGUCAAGGAGAUGAUGAAGGCCGACAACAAGAGGGAGACGGAGAGGGUCGUCAGAGAAGCUCUGGAGAAGCUCCGUGCUGAGAUGGAGGAGGAGAAGCGUCAGGCAGUGAGUAAGGCGGUGGCCGGAGCUCAGGCCGAGAUGGAGAGGAAGUGUAAGCAGGUGAAGGAGAAGUGUAAAGAGGAGCUGGUGGAGGAGGUGAAGAAGCUCGUGGCCCAAAACAAACAGCUCAUCUCCCAGACCAAGAAGAAGCAGUGGUGUUAUAACUGUGAGGAGGAGGCCAUGUACCACUGCUGCUGGAACACCUCGUACUGCUCCAUCAAGUGUCAGCAGGAGCACUGGCACGCCGACCACAAACGAACCUGCCGCAGGAAGAGAUGAACAAGCCCUGCCCUCUCUGACCCCUACACAGCACGCCAUUGGCUCUUGCCCUCUCCUACGCCUGUCAGUCAGUGUCUACAACACACACACACAUAAACACAAACACAUACAUGCCCCUCUCUCCUACUUCUCUACUUGCCUUCCUGAAAACUUUGUGGACCCGACGUUUUUCUGCGUGAAAAGAGCGAAUUGUUCUUUUUUUAAUUUAAUGUACCCAUUGUAUUGAUUUUUCUUUCUAUAUUUUGUUUAUUUUGUCUCUGAAUCAUGAACAGAUUGCGUGAGAGCAUUUGCUCGAAUGCAAAAUUAAGGUAUGAUUUUGUGUGUGUGUUUCUUUCGCCUUUUUUUUUUCUUUACUGAAGUGCUAAUUUUGAACUUGUCAGAGAAUGUUAUUUAAGUGUGUAGUAACAGAUGAGCAUUAACUGAAUACAUUUUAUUACCUGAAUUUUUUAAAGACUCACUUUUCUUACUGUAAAUGCAACAAAUACACACAGUCGAUCUUAUGAGGAAAAAAAAGAAAAAAAAAAAAGUGAAAACAUGCCGUAAGUACUAUCGCUGCGUUGAACUCGCUCUGCUUUCAUAGAGAAAACUUAUUUAAAAAAAACCACAAAAAACUGCAGAAGAUAUUGGAUUGUGGUGAUGUGGCUCACAGAUGUUGAUGUAUUUUGUUUUUUUUCUUGAAUCUAUUGAGGUGCAUAGCACCUUUUUAUCAUUUCUACCUAAAAUCUUAUCAUCCUCAAGUCACUUAUUGGGAACAGGGUCACGAACUCGGCCUUAAAAGACGCCGACAAAAUAAAUCUUCCAUGUAUUAUUAUUAUUGUUGUUAUGAUUAAUAUUAUUAUGCACAUUUUUUAAAUAGACAAAUUUUUAUGAAUCCGAUAUUAAAAAAAAAAAAAAAGUUUUUGGUUCUAAAUUGGGGAAAUGUAAGCAAUCUUUCCUGAGCUGGAUCUUAGAGAGGUUCCAUGAUUUGACAGUUUUUUUUUUUGUUUGUUUGUUUGUUUUUUUUUAACAUUUCAUUUUCUUAACCACCCAAAUGCUUGUAAUAUUGCCAAAAAAGACAUUUUGUUGAACCUACCUAGAUCUGGUGAGUCCUCCCUUCCCCUGCUUUCCUACAACCUUAAAAAAAAAAAACGAUGAAUAUUUUUCAGAGCGUCGUCAGUGUCAUUUUUCUAGUGAUGUACACUUGAAAUUCGUCCUCUUUUCUUUCCUUUCUUUUCUUUUUUUUUUUUUUUUUUUUUAAACCUAAAGUGACUAGCUAUGAGACUCUUUCACUGCUUAUGCUAUAGUUGGUGGUCAGUGCCUGUUUUUCUUUUUCCUUUCUCAUCCUCUUAACUCCCAGUGAGGCUACAUGCAUGUUGAUAGUUUCAUAGUUUGUCUUUUUUCACUCAUUACGGUAAAAUAAAAAAAAUAAAAAAGAGAAGACCAGAAGCUCCUGGUGUCUAAUAAGCAGUGACAACGGAUGGACCAAUAUAAAACAUUAUGCAAAUGUGAAUGAUCAAAUGAAUCUUUUCUAGAGUUUUCCCUGCGCUGGAUGUCGCGUGUCGAUUGUGUAAACAUAUGGUGCUUGGAAUUUUUUUUCUUUUUCCAAUCUGGCAAUAAAAUUGCCAGUUUUUGAUUUUCUUUGAGAAUUGUGACACUUUUAAAGUUUGUUGACUGUUUCCUCAGUUAUGAAGACUGACUGAACGGAGGAAAAUGAUUCAGUUACUCUGUACAGACGCGCUGUUGUUGUUUUUUUUGGUUGUUUUUUUUUUUAUCAUCGGUUUGUGCUUCUGUUAACAUGGGGAAAAAAAUACCGUAAAUUUUCACAUAGUGGGCAGGACCUUUAUUCACCUCAGCUGAAGAGAGAACCAGACUUUUUAUUUCUUAUACUCCAGAUUUGAUCGUGUUUUAACUGUAAAUGAAACCUCAGUUCUCAGUUAAGGUGGUAUCCUUACGCCGUGUGCCGACUCCUCACCACAUGCCACAUCAUGAGCUAGAUAUUGAUGUUUGUGGUAGAUGUUUUCCGCAGUUGAAGUGACUCUUUCAUUGUGUACCAACAGGAAAUGCAACACAUGAGCACAAAGACUUCAAAAUGCCAAAUGAAAACUUCACAAAUUUUAAUACUUUUUUGUUUUUUAUGUUAUCUUUAUGUAGCUAGCAUGGUCCCAGUUACACACAACAUACUAACUGAACACAGUGUGUAGAAUAUGAUAAUGUUAGCAUACUGUUUCUGCAGUUAUCGGCACACUUGCAGCUUCCACUUAAAAAGAAACGGAUUCAGGAAAAUGAGUUUUCUAUCUUGUUCUUUCUCACUCUUCCAUUUUCUUUGCAUUGCAUUGUGGGAGAAUAGUGUCCAUCAACUGCACAUUGAAAUGUUUUGUUUUAUUUUGUUUUUUUUACUUAAUUUGGUCACUUUUCCCAAAACCUGCUUGGAGCUUGUGUGCAGUGUGAAACUGGGAGAAACUUUGCUGCUGUGAUUGACUGAACAUUGAUUGUACUUUGCAUGUCGGGACAGUAAUCAGAUUAGGUCUGAAAGGAAAGUUCCCAGAUACCGGUGUUAAAUUUUCAGAUUGCUUGUUUCCCCAAAGGUGUAUCCAGUUUGCAAUGAGAUUAAACGGUGAAAAUGAUUCGAUUAAUUAAUUUGUGUGAUUCUGCUAACUGAAGUACUAAUUAUAUAAAAUUAAUUCAACUUAUUUCACAUUAGUUGCAGGUUGUUAAGCUAAACAAAUUAAAUGAAGAUUGUUCACCUGUUAACGUUUUAAUAAAGGACAUUAAAUCUAACCUCUUCAUUUCUUCACUUUUCCAGUGUGAAAACACUAAAAACUCAAAACCUGCUUUGAAUUAGUUAGUGUGAGAAACUUGGAUUCAGCCAUAAUCUAUUCCCUUUACCUGGAAGGCUUUUAUUGUGAAAUAUGUGCGGUAAUGUUGAGUUUCAUUGACAGCAGCUUUAAGGAUGAGGAUGGUGUUAUUCUAUAUUUUGUUUUUUUGUAAAAAAAAAUCCCUUUAAAAAAGACCCAAACCAGCAGUGUGUUACUCAGCUCCAAGCACAAUCAUAUAGUGAAUGUCGGGGACUAUUUUUAGCAGCGCAUUAAUUCACAUUUGGUGCUCUAGUGAGUCUUUCUGGAAGGAGGACAGUGUAUGUGGGGUUGAGUUUAAAUAAACUACAUCGUGGUGAUGAAGGGACAUGUCACCUGUUGUAACACGGUGUCUCACUGGUGGGUUUUAAUAGUGUUUGGAAACACUGGAGCUCUGUGGCCCAGAGGAAUCAGAUUCAUCAGGCUGUAGAUACUCACGAUACUUGUUGGUUUUGGUCUUCUCAUGGGAUUUGAUGACGAUAAGAAAAGUGUAGAAUAUAACAAAUAAGUGUAGAAGAUGACAAACAAUGUGAUUGUUAUUAUCUGAGAACAUGUCCACUAUUGGGGAAUUUACGGUAACUGUUGUUCCGGACUUCAUCUCUCUGUUUUGAAACCUGUUUUAAGUGUAUCACUUUAAAAUGUAACAUGUUACUGUACAGUUGAGCCGCUGUGUGACGUCUCUACUCUCACUCAGUGCGCUGCAGGUUAUGAUUUUAUGUUUCUUCAUGUUGUCUCUCAGUUUUCCUCUGCAGGCUUUAAGGUCAAACAUGGUGUCUUUUUUUUUUUUUUUAUUAUUUUCAUCAUCAUCAUCAUUAUCAUUGCACUACAUGUAAAUAAAAUGUCCUGUCAAUAUCUCCUCCAUAUUAUAUGUACAUUGUAAAUGAAUUCACAAAUAUUUGAUUUCAGCUGUUUUCACUCUAUGUUCACAGCGACCUGGAUGACUGUUAGUUCUAGUUUUGUACAAUGUACAACCGUUAUCAUAUGAACCCCCGGCUUCUGUUGUUGCCACAAUGAUCUGAGCAGUGUGUCAUUUUAAGCAUGUGUGUGUUUCAGGUUUGAUUAUUUUUCAUUUUUUACUUUGAACUCCCUGAACCACACUGCACCUUAAAUGUAUCCCAGUAUUUCAGCGUGUUGUUUUUUUAACAUACUGUUGAAAACCAACCAAUAAAUGCAUGUUCUUCCAAACCGAGACACGUGUUGAAGGUGACACGUUUUUUGUUACGUACAUGUGACCUGUGAGGCCUCUGCUUUUCUCUUUCUCUCUUUCUCUCUCUGACGGUUUUUAUAUUCGUCCAUCCAGCCGUAAAAGGUUUCAGUGUGAAAACUUCUUCUUUCUUUUCCCCCUGUGGACAAAAAAAAAAAUUGAUGUCAUUCCAGUUUGUAUCUCUGGUUUUUAACUGCAUGAGUAAAGGUGUGUGUAUCUACGGCUCCCUUUCUUCUUUUUUUUCCUUUCUUUUUUUUUUUAACUCCCCCUUGUGUAAAGAAGACAUAUUUGCACUCCUUCAGAGAAAUGCAAUAUGACAAUGAUGUUUUUUUUUGUUUUUUUUUAUUUCCUGGAAGUUCAGUCGAGCUAAAUCACGUCUCUGAAGAGGUCAGCUUGAAAAACUGAGUGAAUUGAUUUUUGUGUUGUCAUCCAGAACUAGACUUUCCACUGUUCUUAUUCCUGAGUAUUACAAGUACAUGAUACUGUGCGGGAUACUAGUUGAAAACUAGUUGGGUUUUAAUGUACUUUUAACUGGAAUAAAUCCAGUUUAAAGUUUCCUUUGUCCUCACUUCCUGUUGGUCAUUUUCUUCUGUUCUGUCCAUAUGUAAACUAUUAAUCGUGGCUUAACAUUUUCUAUGCUCUCAACUUUUUUGUUUUCUGUUUUUUUUUGUUUUUUUAUGCUUUAGCUAGCAAUAUGUAUAUAAAUAUAUUCUAUGUGCUAACAUGGAGGAAAUAAAUGUAUCAACAAUU